AUGUCCUCCGGGGAUUUGGCAACAGGCUUGGUCUCCCUAUCCCAGACUGUAGUUGGGGUGCUGGAGAAUUUCUCUCUUCUUUACCAUCAUAUCUUCCUUUACAUCACUGGGUGCAGGUUAAGGUCCACAGAUUUGAUUCUCACACACCUGAUUGUAGGCAACUCCUUGUUCAUUCUCACUAAUGGGGUCCCCAGGACAAUGGCAGCAUUUGGGUUGAAAGAUUUCCUCAAUGAUACUGGAUGCAAACUUCUUCUCUACUUUCGCAGUGUGGGCAGGGGUGUGUGCAUUGGCAGCACCUGUGUCUUGAGUAUCUUCCAGGCCAUCACCAUCAGCCCCAGGAACUCCAGGUGGGCAGAGAUUAAAGUGAAAGCUCCCAAUUACAUCGGCCUCUCCAUAUCCCUGUGCUGGCUCCUCUACAUGCUGAUAAAUAUCAUUUUUCCUGUGUUUAUGACUGGCAAUUGGAGAAAUGAUACCAUCAUAAAGAGAAAAAAUUUCGGGUACUGCUCUUCUAAAUUUCAUAAUAAAAUCACAGUCUCACUGUAUGCUGCAUUGUUAUCAUUCCCUGAUGCUCUGUGUUUGGGGCUCAUGCUCUGGGCCAGUGGCUCCAUGGUUUCCAUCCUGUACAGGCACAAGCAGCGGGUCCAACACAUCCACAGGACCAGCCUCUCCCCCAGGUCCUCCCCUGAGUCCAGAGCUACACAAACCAUCCUUUUACUUCUGAGCAUCUUUGUCUCCUUUUACGCCCUCUCCUGCAUCCUUCAGGUUUGUAUUUCUCUUUUUGAUAAUCCCAGCUUGUUGCUGCUGCAAAUGAAUGCAAUAUUUGCUAUGUGUUUUCCCACUGUCAGCCCCUUUGUUCUCAUGGGCCGUGAUUCCAGUGUACCUGGGGUCAGCUUUUCCUGCAGAAGGAAUAAAAAUUUCCCUAAUUCCAUCAGGUAUAUGUAA